AUGAAGAUCACGCUCUAUGUUGAUGUUGUUUCCCCGUUCGCUUACAUAGCGUACUACGUUCUCAGACACGACCCAGUGUUCAAAGGCUGUGAUAUCACUUACAUACCAAUCUUUCUUGGGGGGUUGUUCAAGAAGACCGGAAAUAGAGCGCCGCUCGAGGUGAAAAACAAAGACAAAUGGAUCGACAACGAGCGCCGUGUGUGGGCCACAUACUUCAACGUGCCCAUUACAAAUAAAGUACCCGACGGCUUCCCCGCCAACACCCUCCACGUCAUGCGGACCAUCUGCGCCUUAAGCCGUCUCGCCAGUCCGGACGCUUCCCCCUCAUCGUCGCCAUCACGGUCCGGCCAGCAGGCCACAGUCAAGGCUCUCGACGCCUUCUUCGAAGCCUACUGGGUCAGGAGCCGCGACGUCGCCGAUAAGGCCGUCGUGGCCGAGGUGCUCAAGGGCGCCGGGUGGGAAGACCUGGCCAAGGUGGCUGAGGUCACGGGCAGUGACGGCAAGACGGUCCUGACUGAGAACACGGAUCGUGCGUUCGCGGAUGGGGCCUUUGGGCUGCCGUGGCUCGCCUGUGAGAAUGAUCAUGGUGAGAAGCAAGGCUUCUGGGGAGUUGACCACCUUGGUGUGGUGCUGGAUUUCCUCGAGCUGGAGAAGCCAGCCAGACAGAAUGGGUGGAAGGCGAUGCUUUAA